AAAUACACCUUUACGUUACGAGUCUCAAAUCGUGGCAGACUGAAACAUUCUCAAAGAAGCAAUCAAUGGAGGGUGGCAGCAACGCCGAUGACUUUGCCGUGGGGUGCUUACUCUCCAUCAAAACCACUCUUGGUGACGAAUUCGAUGGCCAGGUCAUUGCCUUUGACCGCUUCUCCAACAUGCUCGUACUUCAAGAGGGUUUGAAAUCUGGGCCUCGUAGAAAUAUCAGGCUGUUGAAGGCCAAUUAUAUAAAAGAUUUUUCUUAUUGGGGACAAGCAGAAGAUCCACUUGAUGUCAAGAAUUGUUUCCUUGAUAUUAAUGCUCUUCAAGCUAGAGAGGAAUUGGCUGUUAGGCAAGCAGAGGCUGGUGCUGAGAGAAUUGGAGUGGGUGUUACAAGUGAGGCCCAGAAAAUUUUUGACGCUUUGUCUAAAACGCUUCCAGUGCGCUGGGACAAGACUGUCAUAUUUGUGAUGAAUGAAGUGCGUGUUAGCAGUCCUUAUGUACCUGAAUCUGUUAGUGGAGGAACUGCUGCUGCCAAUGAGCGGGUUAAGAAAGUGUUGCAGGCACAAGUCACUUUCUGUGGGUACCUCAGCUGAAAUCUUUUAGUGCCUUUCCCUUAUGGGUUUUGUUUUCAGGCGUUUUCUAUUUGAUGCUUGUCUCUUAACAUUGUAACCAGUGAUGAUUGAGCGCUACUUGAUUCGACUUUACAGAUGAAAGUUGAAUUGUGUAAAAUUAAGAUGCAGGUCGUUAGUUGAAUGAGAACUUGUCAUGCAUGCUGAUUCAGGUU